UAGCGGUGGAACUUGGCUCCGUGGCGCCGAGGCGAGUUGGGGAGUAGCGGGACCGGCGUGCUCCUGUUAGGCGGACGGACGGACGGACGCUUCGCCUGCUGGCCGAACCGAACCGAACCCGAAGAGGAGAGGAAAUACUUGAGGCGGGUGUUGGUUGCGGACAGGGGCGAGUUUAACCCAGCGCGGUUUUAGAAGACGCAGGAGAAAGAGAGAAGAAGAAGAAGAAGAAGAAGAAGAAGAAGGGCUGUCGUCGGUUGAAGGUUUUUAUUUCGCCCCCCCUUCCGAAACACAACAACAACAACAACAACGAGCAUGUGGGAGCAGGGGGAGUUCGAGAAGCACUGGAGGAACGAGUUCCCCGACGGAGCGGUGCCCCGCAUGGACUUCGGCUCCGUGGACGACGUCGAGGCGGAGCUGGAGAAGUGCAAAGCCAAGCUGAGGCGGCUCCAGCAGGCGCUGGCGGAGGAGAAGUUCAAGGUGGUCUACCUGCAGACCACCGUGGCGCGGCAGAGGAGGGGCCGCGAGGCGGAGCGCGAGCGGGAGGUUUUCACCGCGCGGCGUUGCGGCACGGAGGGCGCGAGGACGCCCGCGCGGGACGGCGACCAGGUGGGAAGUGCGAGGAGGCGGCGUGCGGCGGCGGCGGGCGACGACCAAGGCGGCGGCGGCGUGGGCGGCGUCCUCACCUGCCCGGACGCCGCACACCCGAGCCGGCUCAGCGGCAGGACAGGUAAGCCGACCCCCGUCCUGCCGCGCAAACCCGCCGCCUUCCAGAAAGGUGGCAGCGCCGCCUCGGCCAGAGCCCUCCACCGGCCGGACGGCAACUGCGUCGGGGCCAGACGCCGCCCCGCCGGGGACGGCAGCGACGACGAGUACGAGGACGCGGAGUUAAACGAGACUUUCGUCAAGGGCAACCUGAUCGGACGCAGCGGGGAAAGCGUGCCGAGGAACGACCCGCCCCCCCGGGACGCCCUGCGGCCCCCCAGCAGGGACCUGGACUCCAGCGACGACGGCAGGCUGUCGCCCAACUUCGCGCGGAGGCCCCACAGGGUGUCCCGGGAGUCCGGAUGCAGCUCUCCCGAAAGGCGAAGCGACGGCUACCUGAGCUCCGACCGCGAAGACACCUCGUCUGCGGAUUUUAAUUACAACACAGAUGGAUACGAGGGGGACGGGGCGGAGGACGGCAAGUCCCAGGACGGUUCGGAGACCAUGCCCUUCAUAGACGAAUCCCCCACCAUGUCCCCUCAGUUGUGCGCUCCCCGCGGGCCCGACGGCGAGGCCAUCUCCCCCACACCUCCAGAGGGCUUGCUGGCUGGGGGAGACAUCGAGAAGGGACUGGAGAUGAAGAAGUUGGUGCUGUCUGGCUUCCUUGCCAGUGAAGAAAUCUACAUCAACCAGCUGGAAGCCUUGCUACUGCCCAUGCGGCCCCUCAAAGCCACGGCCACCACCUCCCAGCCCGUGCUGACCAUCCAACAGGUUGAGACCAUCUUCUACAAGAUCCAGGACAUCUUUGAGAUCCACAAGGAGUUCUACGAUGCCAUCUCCCCCAACAUCCAGCACUGGGACGAGAAGGUCACCGUGGGGCAUCUCUUCCAGAAACUGGCCAGCCAGCUCGGGGUGUACAAGGCCUUCGUGGACAACUACAAGGUGGCGCUGGAGACGGCAGAGAAGUGCAGCCAGGCCAACAGCCAGUUCCAGAAGAUAUCCGAGAACCUCAAAGUGAAGGGUCCUAAAGACUCCAGAGAAAGCACCACAACUGACACAAUGGAGGCUCUCCUGUAUAAGCCUAUCGACCGUGUCACCAGAAGCACCCUGGUUCUUCAUGACCUGCUGAAACACACACCGAAGGACCACCCGGACUUCCCACUGCUGCAGGACGCCUUGAGGAUCUCCCAGAACUUCCUCUCCUCCAUCAAUGAGGAGAUCGACCCACGCAGAACUGCUGUCACCACUCCCAAGGGAGAGGCUCGUCAGCUGGUGAAGGACGGCUUCCUGGUGGAAGUGUCGGAGGGUUCCAGGAAGCUGCGCCACGUCUUCCUCUUCACCGACCUGCUGCUGUGUGCCAAGAUCAAGAAGACGGCUGUGGGCCGCCACCAGCAGUACGAGUGUAAGUGGUACAUCCCGCUGGCCGACCUGACCUUCCAGACGCUGGACGACUCCGACUCCUGCCCCCACGUCCAAGUGCUGCCCGAGCACGAGAUUGAGGAGAUCAAGAUCAAGAUCUCAGUCAUCAAGAGUGAGAUUCAGAAGGAGAAGAAAGCGCCCAAAGGCCAGAGUCGUGUGGAGCGAUUGAGGAAGAAGAUGAAUGAGCAAGAGUCAUGGCUGCUUUUACACUCGCCCGCAAUCCCUUUCCGCAUUCACAACAAACACGGCAAGAGCUAUCUGUUCCUGAUUUCCUCAGACUACGAGAGGUCGGAAUGGAAGGAGAGCAUCCAGAAACUGCAGAAGAAAGAUCUGCAGGCGUGUGUGCUGAGCUCCGUGGAACUUCAGGUCCUCACAAACUCCUGUAUCAAACUCCGAACUGUACACAACAUCCCCGUCACCAGUAACAAAGAUGACGAGGAGACUCCUGGCCUGUACGGAUUCCUGCAUGUGAUCGUCCAUUCUGCCAAAGGCUUCAAGGAGUCGGCCAAUUUGUACUGUACUCUGGAGGUGGACUCAUACGGUUACUUUGUCAGUAAGGCCAAGACCCGGGUUUUCAGAGACACCACUGAGCCCCAGUGGAAUGAGGAGUUUGAGAUCGAGCUGGAGGGCUCCCAGUCCCUGCGGAUCCUCUGCUACGAGACGUGCUACGACAAGAGCAAGCUCAACAAGGAUGACAACGAGAUCGUGGACAAGAUCAUGGGCAAAGGGCAGGUGCAGCUGGACCCUCAGACGGUGCAGUCCAAGAACUGGCACAUGGACGUCAUCGAGAUGAACGGGAUAAAAGUGGAAUUCUCUAUGAAGUUUACGAGUCGCGACUUAAGCCUGAAGAGGACGCCGUCCAAAAAACAAAGCGGGGUGUUUGGAGUCAAAAUCAACGUAGUGACAAAGCGUGAACGCUCCAAGGUGCCUUACAUCGUCCGCCAGUGCAUUGAGGAAGUGGAGAAGAGGGGCAUCGAUGAAGUAGGAAUCUACAGAAUCUCAGGGGUGGCCACUGAUAUCCAGGCCCUAAAAUCAGCGUUUGACACCAAUACCAAAGACAUCCUGGUGAUGCUGAGCGACAUGGACAUCAACGCCAUCGCAGGGACUCUGAAGCUUUACUUCAGGGAACUGCCAGAGCCUCUGCUCACCGAUUGCCUCUACCCCGCCUUCAUGGAGGGCAUAGCUCUCUCAGACCCGGCAGCCAAGGAGAAUUGUAUGAGGCAUCUGCUGCGAUCCCUGCCUGACCCCAACCUAAUCACCUUCCUCACCCUUCUAGAGCACCUCAAGAGGGUUGCUGAAAAGGAGCCCGUCAACAAGAUGUCGCUACAUAACCUGGCCACCGUGUUCGGCCCAACUCUGCUCCGGCCUUCAGAAUCAGAGAGCACCAAGGGGCAACAAAUCACGUCCGCCUCCGACAUCUGGUCACAUGACGUCAUGGCACAGGUCCAGGUGCUGCUCUACUACCUGCAGCACCCUCCCAUAUCCUUUGCCGAGCUGAAGCGCAACACGCUCUACUUCUCCACUGACGUGUAAUCCACCGGCUGUAACGGGGGAGAGAGAGACUUCGACAGGAACCCCUCCUCCCCACUUCAUUUUUCUCCUCCGGAGAUGCCCCCAGCGCCCCUUUCCCUUCGCUGCUCCUCUCGAUUGUACAGACCCCAGAAGUAGACGGAGCCAGCAAACACUCCAGGGGGGCCGCCGCCGGGUGGAGGAGAGAGAGAGAGAGACCCCUAGAGCUUCACCCUACCCCGCCCCACCCCCCCACACGGGUCCCGUAGUUGCGUCUUGUGUCAUGUUUGUAUGUGAGGACAGCAGUGACCGCCCUACCCCCCCCCAACACCACCCCCCCACCACCACCACCACCAACACACAGUACUGCACGUCGAAUGGUUGAAGAGCAAGAGAGGUGUCCCGUGUCCGAAGAGACCGCCGCCAGGGGGCCACGGUGGUUAUAGCCAUCGGGGACGAAGCCCGCGUAUAGCUACAGGUUCACAGCUGGCGUGAACACACACAUACACUGUUGUAAAGAGCUCACAAACUGGGCGACCCAACUCCAAACGUGGCGAUUGUCUCGUUUUGCUUUUUUUUUGUUCCCUGUUGUUUUUUCCUGUUCAGAGGCAUUCCAGAAAAAAAGGCAUUUACAUAUUUUACGAAUAUAAUUACGUUUAAGUGCUGUUUUCUUUGACUUUUCUAUCGCUCUCUCUUGCUCUCUGGCUUUUUUGUUUCUUUUUUUUCUUUUUUUGUGCAUGUGAUGGAAGAAGGGCUACGUGUGAGCGCGCGGUGAUGUCGGCACGUCAGAGCGCGCGCACGUGUUGUUUUAAACGGAGGCUGAGGUCGCGCCGACGCUCAGAUCCGGUCCGGACGCCAUCUUAGUCGAGCGGCCGACGUCGGCCUCUCUCUCUCUACGCCAACAAGCGGAGAGAGCGACGGCCCGGCCUGCCCGGGGUCUCGGCCCGGUCUGCUCGGGGUCUCGGCCCGGUCUGCCCAGGGUCUCGGCCCGGCCUGCCCGGGGUCUCGGCCCGGCCUGCUCGGGGUGUCGGCCCGGCCUGCCCGGGGUCUCGGCCCGGUCUGCCCGAGGUCUCGGCCCGGUCUGCUGCCCUAUUUAUUUUAGAUAUAUAUAAUAUGUGUGCCUGUACAGUUCUGUGCAACUAGAGGAUCGCUCCGAGGAGUCUGUUUUUUGAAGUUUAUUCGGGUUAGUGACGUUUUUAUUUUCUAUUUUUUAGUCAGAUUUUUCUCAUUCACCAUGUCUUUGGUUGGUAAGCUGUACUGAAACCAUCACCGCAACAUCGUGUAAAGGACGCCAGUCGAUUUGGAAAUCACUUCCUGGAGAAGAAAGCGCUCCGACAUGUGGGGGGGGGAAUCGAUCAGCGGGGACAUUGGCUGUGUUUUUUUUUUAAUCUUUGCUGUUGCAUUUUCAAGCUCGUUCCGAGUGUCUUACUGCACCGGUAUAAUCUAUGGGAUGAUUUGUGUAGCCGCCCUCGAUGCAUGUUCAGCUUGUCAAUCAAACCAGGCUGGGUAACACAAAGGUGGGUUGUCACUGCUGUUUUCUCCCCCUCCGGUCGAAAAAGGGGGGGGCCGCCAUCGCUCUGUACAAAUCCGACCUUUCUGCUAUCGAGCCUGUGACAUAUGUUUAAAAUAAGCACUGCUAGAUGAGUACUAUUUGAUAUUUUUAAUAUAAGAUUAAAAUAAAAUCAAAAAACGUUGUAUUUUAGUUCUUUUGAGAAGAAUUUCAUUAUACUGUAAUGAAGCUUAAAUGUCAAUGUGAACCCCCCCUCCUUUUUUUAUUAAAAUAAAAGUUACCAAAACAGUCA